AUGUCUCAGCCUGAGCAACCGGUUUUCCCGCAAGAUGCUCCUCAAAUGGACAUAGCUGUUGUAGAAAAGAGAGACAUGAUUUCUUGCUGUUAUUUGUUCAUUCUGAGCUUCAAAUUCUUUUUUUUUCUGACAUUUUUCACUGAUUUGUGGAGAUAUCUGAUUUACCAUCGACUUGGUAGGCAGUCACUAUCGAAUGUUUUGAAGGUUGCCCUUUAUUAUUUACCAGUCCUUCACUUCCUCUCUUCUUACAUUGAUCUCGUUGCGGCUAUCUGGUACUCGGAUGGACCAUCCGUUUAUACUCACUUAGCUCGUCGCACGGCUUCGGACAAGGCUCGAGUGCAGGAUAUCUCGUGGAGUAUUUGGACUCAAACAGCG